GAGCGAGAACAAUUGGUCAGCAUUCGGUGAUCGGGCGUGCAACAGUUGUGAACCAACUACAAAGUGAAUUCGCGAACUCCCAAACGUUUAGUGAUAAUAUUAAAAUUUCAUUACCGAUUAUAUGAAUAAUAUAUAAUUAUACAGACAAGGAUCGGAAAAUAUAUUACGUAACUUUCUUUAGUCGUGUACUAGCGACCGAAACUUGAGAAUGAAAUUAUUUGUACUACUGCUGGCACUAGCUGCCACUGGUGCGCAUGCUGAUGUCUCACACUUGAGUAGCGACUUACAGGAGGAUGGUUAUCAUUAUAAGCAGCCUUCGGUGCCUUUCCCAGCACCCCCUUCGGGCAAUGGCAUAGAUGAUGUACAAUAUCAACCAAGACCACAGCCACAGCCGCAGCCACGUCCACAGCCGCAACCAAGGCCACAACCUUCAUAUCCAGCACCCUCACAGCCAUCGUAUCCAGCACCACGCCCACAGCCACAGCCACAACCACAGCCGUCGUAUCCAGCGCCAGGCCCACAGCCGCAGCCACAACCACAGCCAUCAUAUCCAGCACCGCGCCCACAGCCACAACCCCAACCAAGACCACAACCUUCAUAUCCCGCUCCAUCACAGCCACAACCUCGGCCUCAACCUUCAUAUCCAGCACCCUCACAGCCAACACAGCCCGGACCUCGUCCACAACCUCAACCUGGUCGUCCAGCGCCAUCACCACAGCCAGGACCGGAAUAUUUGCCUCCCGAUCAACCACAGCAGCCAAGACCUCGUCCUCAACCACAGCCACGUCCACAACCUCAACCUCAACCCUCAUAUCCUUCCCCAAGGCCUCAACCUCAACCUCAACCCCAACCUCAGCCUCAGCCACAACCACAGCCCUCAUAUCCUGCUCCGCGUCCUCAACCUCAGCCUCAACCACGACCACAGCCUCAACCGCGUCCACAACAGCCAGGUCAGCCAAAACCUGGUCCUGAGUAUAUACCCCCAGCAGGGCCAACUACUGGUCCAACUUAUCAACCACGACCACAACAACCCACUCCUGGCCCAACUUAUCAACCACGACCACAACAACCCACACCUGGCCCAACUUAUCAACCACGACCACAACAACCAACUCCUGGUCCAACUUAUCAACCACGACCACAACAACCCACUCCUGGUCCAACUUAUCAACCACGGCCACAACAACCCACUCCCGGACCAACUUAUCAACCACGGCCACAGCAACCCACUCCGGGACCAACAUACCAACCGCGUCCACAACCACAGCCAAAACCAUCACAGCCUGCCAAACCAGGUCCAGAAUAUUUGCCACCACCUGGUGAAAAUGAAGUAGGCCCUAAACAGCCGGCACCUCGUCCACAACCACAACCGCGUCCAUCGCAACCUAGUCAACCGGCACCUCGACCAAGCUAUCCAGCACCAAAACCUUCAUACCCUGCUCUUCAGCCUAGUUAUCCAGGAGGCCCCAGCGGUCCAGGAGGUCCACAAGGCCCAGGUGGACCCGGCGGUCCAAGUGGCCCACAAGGUCCAGGUGGUCCAGGAGGCCCAAGCGGUUCAUAUGGUCCAGGUGGUCCAAGCGGUCCAAGUGGUCCAGGAGGUCCAGGCGGUUCAUAUCCAGGUGGUCCAAGUGGUCCACAAGGUCCAAGUGGUCCUAGUGGUCCAGGAGGUCCACAAGGCCCAGGAGGACCAUGUGGUCCUAGCGGUUCAGGUGGUCCACAAGGUCCAGGAGGACCAAGCGGUUCAUAUGGUCCAGGAGGUCCAUGUGGUCCCAGCGGUCCAGGAGGCCCACAAGGCCCAGGUGGUCCAGGAGGUCCAGGCGGUUCAUAUGGUCCAGGUGGUCCCAGCGGUCCAGGAGGUCCACAAGGCCCAGGUGGUGCAGGAGGCCCAGAUGGUUCAUAUCGUCCAGGUGGUCCCAGCGGUCCAGGAGGUCCACAAGGCCCAGGUGGUCCAGGAGGCCCAGGUGGUUCAUAUGGUCCAGGUGGCCCCAGCGGUCCAGGAGGUCCACAAGGCCCAGGUGGACCAGGCGGUCCAAGCGGUCCAGGAGGCCCACAAGGCCCAGGCGGUUCAUAUGGUCCAGGAGGACCAGGUGGUCCAAGCGGUCCAGGAAGUCCACAAGGCCCAGGUGGUCCAAGUGGUCCAGGAGGUCCAAGCGGUUCAUAUGGUCCAGGCGGCCCUGGGGGACCAACAGGACCCAGCGGUCCCGAGGCGGGAUCUCUCGGACCUGAUGGUUAUAACUACAACAAACCAUCUAGACCCUUCUCAUAUUAAAUUAUUGUACUCAACACAUGAAACUCGCCCAUUUAGUAUUAUAAACAACUACGAAAUUUUUAUGAAGAAUUUAAUAAUAAAAAAACAAUAAAAACUAAAAUUAAUGUAUGAGCAACAUGUCUUCCAUACUGUCUCAAAAGAGACAAACGAUCGUUUACCACGGACGCGAAUGCCAGUUGACAUUUACGAAAAAUAUACAAGUAAAUUAUAUGACUAUUUAAAAAUAAAUUUUACGAUAAAAACA